AUGGCACCUACCCAUAUCAGCAACCUUGGUCCUUAUCGGUACGCAGUGGCGGAGCGCUUUGCGCCGUCGCAGUACCUCUCAUAUCUCGACCCGGCGCCAGAGACCAUCUGCCCGCAAUUACCAACCUCCUUUCCAGCCUUUCAGGCUAUCCUUGGUCCGAUUCCCGGCAACCCACUGCAAAGCGAAGACUGCCUCCAACUGCGGGUCUUCACACCGAAAAGGACUGGUAAAAAGCUCCCCGUCAUGGUGUACAUUCACGGCGGUUCGUACAUGUACCUCGGCGGCGUGCUGUCGUGGUUUGACGGCACGCGGCUCGCCAGGGAAGGGGUAGUCGUCGUCACGAUAAACUAUCGUCUGGGCCCGCUCGGAUUCCUGUACAUGCCUGAACGCAACAUUACGCCAACCGGUAUCGGGGACCAAGUGCAGGCACUCAAAUGGGUGCAGGAGCACAUUGGUGACUUUGACGGGGAUAAGGACAAGGUCACCAUCUUUGGCCAGAGUGCAGGUGCACUCAGUGUCAAUUGCCUGUACCGCACUCCAGAGGCCAAGGGUCUGUUCCACGCAGGCAUCAUGGAGAGUGCGCCGCUAGAGCUCACGGCACACAACCUCAGCUGGGCAGAGGAGUGCGGCAGGAAGUUUGAAAGUUUCCUCAACGAAGACAUAUACACAGCCAACUUGUCUGCUCUACUGCAGGCCUCGUCCAACACCACCGAUUGGAGGGUGGAUGCGCUGGGCGCCAACAUGUCUGAGGCUGCUGCAGCUACUCUGGCAGAGUAUGUCAACUCAACCCUCGCCAACGACGCCGAAAUGCACGACGCACACAACCCGACUGCCACCUACGUAUUCAAGUACGAACCCAAAGGCAGUGUGUGGGGUGCCACGCACAACCUGGAAGUGCCAUUCAUCCUUGGGACCGAGGCGGCGUGGAACCAGUCCAAGAUGCUCGGCAACGAGACGUGGUGGGACUUCGACCGUGUGGGCCGGCCCUUACGGAAGGCGUGGGCCGGGUUUGGAAAGACGGCGAGCAUUCAGAAAAUGAAGAGCGUCAAGCAGGAAUAUCUCGACUGGCUCGACUGA